AAUGUUCACUUCUGUGCCUUGGUCACAUUUCAGAGGGAGAUAAUUUAAGGUCUACUGACUAAAAUUUAGUAAGUAAAUAAGAUAUUGCAACAAUGCGCACGUCCAUACUUGUUUUUUUUAUCAUUGCCAUGAUGGCCGUGUCUGACGGAAAAGGUUCUAAAAAGUCAUCGCCUGUCAAAGACGGAAGCAAAGAAAAAGAGUCUACAAAGAGCUUGAAACUACUCACCAAGGAAGAAACAACCAGAGAGAAGGAAGGAAGUAAAAAGGAAAGAAAAAGUAAAGAAGAAACGAGAAGUCGAAGUGAUGAAUCCAACGAUAACAACAGCAACGUCGACAAAAGCAAAACAAGGAGCAAGGAGGAUGGAAUCGAACUGAGGUAUUUCCUUUCAAGUAGCAGAAGAACAUCGUCUGAGCCAGCCAUUGUUAGCGAAAGUCCCAUCAUUAAAAGGUCCUUGUCGCUCGCGGGCUCACUCCUGAAUCCUGCCAACCUAGUAAAGACUGUGGUGGAUGCUGCUGUCAACUUGUACUGCUCUUUCGAUGGCCGCCUGGUUCCUUGCAAAGACGCACAAGGAGGAAAAUAUUUAGCGCCUCUCAAUUUCCGGUGUCGGGCCCUCGCUGACGUCAUCUUCGUCGUUGACUCCUCGGGCAGCAUCGGAUCUAUCAACUUUAAGAAGCAGCUUUCUUUCAUCGCCAACAUAGCGGCCUCGUUCUUUGUCGGCGCCAAUGACGUCAGGGUGGGCCUUGUGGUCUUCAGCACUGACGCUCAGAUCUGGUUUGAUUUGAAGGAAUACAAUGACUUGUUCUCUAUUCAGAAGGCCAUACUGGAAACCCCUUACGAAGGCGAAGUUACGUACACCGACAAAGCCCUCAAGUUAAUCAGCAGUUCUUACUUGUUUGAAAGUUUUUCCGGAGGAAGAGACAACGCCCCUGACAUUGUUGUCAUUCUGACAGACGGACAGUCCACUAACCCGUUUGCAACUCUUUCUGAGGCCAAUAAAUUAAAAUCUCGAGGCGUCACUAUGUUGUCUAUUGGCAUCACUUCCGGUAUAAAAGAAACAGAACUCCUCUCUCUGGCGAGCAGACCCGAGUUCUUCUUCAAAGUGGACGAUUUUGAUGUACUAAACAAUUUCUUAGGCCAAAUUGUGGAACAGACUUGUCAAGUCUCUGAGGGAGUCAAAGUCAAAGUACAAACGAAGCCGAGUGUUACAGGUAAUGCCGAACAAGAACCGCAGUAUUACGAGCAAGAACCAGCUCAAUACAAUGAACAAGAACCAGCCCAGUACAAUGAACAAGAACCAGCUCAGUACAAUGAACAAGAUCCGUUUUACUACCAAGAGCAAGAGCCAACGGAAAAGAUUGUUACAGUGAAAAGCACAACCAAAUUAACAACCACUACACCAAGAACAACCACGACAACCAGGGCUUCGACAACGAUAAAACCUACAACUACUACUACCACUACCACAACACCAAAGCCUACAACCACCACAACCACUACUACAAAGCCCAAAUCAACCACGACUACAACCACGACUACAACCACAACUACAACGCCUAAGCCAACCACCACCACAAGUACCACGACAACGCCGAAGUCUACAACUAAGACAACCACAACGCCAAAACCAACGACUACUACGACAACGACGACAACACCAAAGCCUACAACCACAACCACAACUACAACCACGCCUAGGACAACCACCAGAACUACAACCACCACGACAACGACGACUACUACCCCAAGAACAACAACUACAACAACGACAUUGCCGCCGCCACCGAAAGUGAUCCCCUGUCGAAACGCCACUAAGGCUGACAUCUUACUUCUGAUUGACGCCUCUACCAGCAUCGGCUCUGUCAACUGGCAGAAACAGGUCAAGUUUGCUGCAGAGGUUGUCCAAGCGUUCACAGUGGGUCCCAGAGAUGUCUUGUUCGGAACUGUUAUCUUCAACAGAGUCCCCACACGAAUAUUUGAUCUGAAAACGUUUUCUAAUAAAACCGCAGUCUCAGAUUCUCUGCUGGCCAUCACGUACCCUAACAACCCUGGCACGCACACCCACCUGGGCUUCGCAGAGAUUCGAACCAACCAGCUGUUCAGCACAGCCUCAGGCGGUAGACCGGACGCCAGGGAUAUUCUCAUUGUCAUGACCGAUGGACAAUCAAACUACCCUGAUCAAACGUCCAGUGAAGCCCAGCUGCUCAAGAAUACUGGCGUCACUGUCAUUAGUGUUGGCAUUGGAGUGACCAAUACUGACGAGCUGCAUGCCAUGGCCAGCAAGUCAGAUUACGUCUUCACCACCGGAGGCUACGAGAUGCUGGACUACAUCAAGCGAGACCUGGUCAAGUUGACAUGUGAUGGUGUUUAAGCAAAGGAAUAUCUCCAUAAUUGAUAUCUUCAUAGUAAAUAAAUGUGUGCAAUAAAUUCAAACUAGAAGA